AAGAAAUAUCUCGAACAUUCAUUGUUGUUAUCUUGAAUUCGUGCUGAUUGAAAUCUUCUAGGAGCGUCUUUUAGUAAUCAGGCAGGAUAUUUUAUGUUUUGAUUUUCUUAAAAUGAGUUUUUUUUCCCUCUCUGUUAGGUUUGGGAAAUUGAAUUUAUAUGGAGAUAUUUGAAUCUGAAAGAAGGUUUGACACCUGUUUCCAGUCAUAUGAGGAUGGGUUUUCUUUUCGUCAAUAUAGUUAGUUAAGCGACUGAUCAUGUGAAAAUUGUACAAAUUCUUUUGUUCAUUAGCAGCUCUUGCUGUUCAAUUUUGUAAACAAUAAUCAAGGAUAAAAUCCAAAAGUUGUUAAUUUUCCUUUUCCAUUUUGCUAAAUUUUUCCUUUUUAUAUGCUUAUUGCAAAAGCAUUAAAGUGUGUUCAACUAUCUUGGUUACACACAAUUGUCCUAUAUGCCUUCACACUUUUCUCAUAUAAAAAUACAUGAUCCUAACUCCUAUGUAUUACUCAGCCACAGUUCAAGGAGCUCAGCAGUUGAUGGACUGUUACCCCAAGAGCAGUGACAAGAAAACGUUAAAGAGGUGGUUUUUUAUUGAUAAAAGAGUUGGGUGAAGUGGAAAUCUGAUAGGUAUUAGUUUGAUUGAUGCUCAAUACUCCUUAAAUUUCUUACAUUGUUGCUACACUGUAAACUGGUUUAUAAACCUGGAUCCCAUGGACUUAAAGUCGAAUCAUACUCCUGUUCUCACUGAUGCUGCACCCGUAACAAAGUCUAGACUGGGUGUGCAUUCCGGUUUGUUGCCUUACUCCCAUACUGGGGCAACCUUUCCACAUGGAAUGUUAUUGAAUAUCCCGAGGAAGAAGACAGGAAUUCUUGAAGAUGUUCGUUCUAGUGGUUGGUUGGAUGCCAUGAAAUCAUCAUCACCUCCAGCCAGGAAGAUAACGAAGGAUGUUAGUCAUGGGUUUGCAUCAUCUGAUGCUGAUACUACUAGUUCUUAUUUUACCUGGCUGCUAAAAUAUCCAUCUGCACUUACAUCUUUUGACCAAAUCACAAACUAUGCAAAGGGAAAAAGAAUCGCGUUAUUUAUGGAUUAUGAUGGAACUCUUUCCCCAAUUGUGGAUAAUCCUGACUGUGCUUUCAUGUCCGACAAUAUGCGUGCUGCCGUUAAAAAGGUGGCAGAAUAUUUUCCAACAGCAAUAAUUAGUGGAAGAAGUCGUGACAAGGUAUAUGAAUUUGUAGGACUAACAGAGCUCUAUUAUGCUGGUAGUCAUGGGAUGGACAUCAUUGGACCUGUUAGGCAAUCUGUAUCUGAUAGUCACCCUAACUGCAUCAUUAGGUCUACGGACAAGCAGGGUAAGGAAGUUAAUUUAUUCCAACCUGCUGCUGAAUUCCUGCCCAUGAUUAAUGAGGUAUUUAAGUCCCUUGUUGGGUGUACAAAAGACAUUAAAGGAGCAAAAGUUGAGAACAAUAAAUUUUGUGUAUCUGUACACUACCGCAAUGUUGAUGAAAAGAGUUGGGAUUUGGUGGGGCAGCGAGUUCAUGAUGUUCUGAAGGACUAUCCACGGUUGCGAUUAACUCAUGGGCGGAAGGUUUUAGAGGUCCGUCCUGUGAUUAACUGGGAUAAGGGUAAAGCUGUCACAUUUUUGCUCGACUCACUUGGACUUAACAAUUGUGAUGAUGUGCUUCCUAUAUAUAUUGGAGAUGAUCGGACUGAUGAAGAUGCAUUCAAGGUGUUGAAAGAGGGAAAUAAAGGUUAUGGAAUCUUGGUGUCUUCAGCUCCAAAAGAAAGCAACGCAAUUUACUCUCUUCGUGAUCCAUCAGAGGUCAUGGAAUUUCUCAAGUCACUUGUUUUAUGGAAAUCAAGCCCCUUAAAAAGCCUUAUAUAGUGUAUAGAGGAGAGUAUACUCUGCUAUACUAAUAAAAAUAGCUUUUCCGAUUUCGGUUUUCUCGGAAACAUUCCAAGAGGUCCUGGAGCAGAUUUAACGCACAGAAGACCUCUUAUAUGGUAACAACAGCGUUGUCGCUACCUAGUUGUUUUGCUCCUGUGGCAACUGUAAAUUCCUGGCUCAUAAUUAUAAAUAUCUUAAAGAAUUAAAGAAAAUAUGUUGAGUUUUUUUUUUCUCCCAUUCAAAAGUGUAUUGAUGUUUAAUCAUUGCUGCUUCAGUUUUGAACACUAUCUAACCACUGAAACGGGAGUUACAAGCAUUAUUAUUCAUUUGUUAAUUAUUUUUUUACAUGUAGUUGUGUUUGAAUAACAUAUGGGAUAGCUUUUG